AUGAGGAAGGAGAUGGACGAACUGAGGAGCGCCAUUAAGGAGAAGAUGGACCGAAGUGUAGACAGAAUGGUAAGGGCUACGGAUUCGCCUUUCACCACGGCGGUACUUGAAUGCCCUGUACAGUCAAAGUUUCGCUUGCCUCAACUUGAGCCGUUUGACGGACUUAGAGACCCUCAGGAUCAUCUUAAUACCUUUAAGACGACUCUAGGUCUUCAACAACCACUUGACGAGAUACUAUGUCGGUCCUUUUCCACCACUCUCAAAGGAGCUGCAAGAGAAUGGUUCACGAAGUUGCCUACCUCGUCCGUGGACAACUUUGAGCAAUUGAGUAAUGCCUUCCUGCGCCAUUUCAUAGAGGGGCAACGUCCAAAGAGACCGGCAGACUACUUACUCACCAUUAGACAGGUAAAGAAGGAAACUUUGAGAUCGUAUGUCAAACGCUUUACCCUGGAGACUCUAGAGGUGGACGAAGCCGAUGACAAGGUGCAGCUGACGACCUUCAAAGCGGGACUGAGGUCCAGAGAUCUCGUGGCCUCCCUCGCAAAGAAUCCACCAAAGACGAUGGCAGAAAUGCUGCUGAAAGCACAAAAGUACAUGAAUGUUGAAGAUGCAUUAGCAGCCAUAAAGGAUGCAGAGAAGCCAGGAGACAAGGCAAAGAGAGAAGACGACCGUAGGGGGCAAAAGAGAGAGCGACCGGACAGUCGGAAUAAUGACGGGAAUAAGAGGUAA